AUGUCGACUCUCGGAUACGUGGGCGCCUCCGUCUGCCUCGUCGGAGUGCUCUCCUCCCUUUUCUCCAUCAGCCAUAUCGUGCGCGACAUCAAUUCGCUGAGAACUGAGGUCGAGGAUCGUGUCGAUGAGUUCAAAGUUUUGGCCGAUGACACGUGGCAACGCCUUCUGAUCCUUCAAUCGCCGACCGGAGAGACCGAGAAUGUGAUGCCGUCGAUCUUCCGUUCCAAGAGAUUCGUCUACCCAGGCAUGUGCAACUGCGACAGCAACUCUCAAGGAUGCCCAGCUGGACCACCAGGACCACCAGGACUCCCAGGAAAGCGCGGAGACGAGGGAGCUCCAGGAGACCUCGGACGCACCGGAGCCACCGGAAUCUCUUUGGCCGCCGUUCACCACAUUCCAGGAGGAUGCAUUUCUUGCCCAGCUGGACCAGCUGGACCACCAGGACCCCAGGGAGCCGUCGGACCACAAGGGUUCGCGGGAAUCGCCGGACCAACUGGACCAUCCGGAGACGACGGACAACCAGGACCACAGGGACCACAAGGAGACAAGGGAGCUCAGGGACCAAAGGGCUUCGAUGGAGCCGACGGGCCAGACGGACAGCCAGGAACCGCCUACUUCCCAGGAGCCGUCGGACAGCCAGGAGAGCCAGGAUGGCUUGGACUUCCAGGACUUCCAGGAAAGCACGGAGAGCCAGGAAAGGACGGAGAGGAGGGACCGACGGGAGCCCCAGGAACCCCGGGAGCCAACGGAAGAGACGCCUACCCAGGACCACCAGGAAAGGCCGGAGAGCCAGGAACUGUUGGUGAGUACCGCAUUCUCAGCGGUUCCAGUGAGACUAAUGUGUGUGAUUUCAGGAAAGGACGCCAACUACUGCCCAUGCCCAGCUCGCCGCGACUCAAAGACCGACAGCGUGCACGAGCCACCAGCGGCCUCCCAGAACGGAGGAUACAGAAAGGCCAAGAGACACUAG